AUGCCUGGGCGUAGGAAACAAAGGGGCAAAGUUCAUGUGAAAGCCAAGCUUCGGUCUUCCCGGGCCCGUUUACAAUUUCCCGUAGGCCUUGUAUGUCGUCUUCUUGGCAAGGGCAACUCUGCUGAGCGAGUCGGGGCUGGUGCGUCCGUCUACCUGGCUGCCGUGCUCCAAUACUUGACGCCCAAUAUCUCAGAAUUGAAGGGCAAUGAGGCCCGUGACAAUAAGAAAACUCGAAUUAUCCCCCACCACCUGCAGCUGGCCAUCCGCAACGAUGAAGGGCUCAACAAACUGUUGGGCAAAGUGACCAUCACUCAGGGAAGUGUUCCAUUUAAUAUCUAG